GACCGUGCUGUGAUCGACCAAGCCUUGGGUGUAGAAGAGUAUACAAAUUGCAAAAACCCAACUCUAAUGGCGUAGUAUCUUCUUGAUCUCCCAAAGACUCUCGAGACGCUCGUUGACUUUCUGUGUCUUUCUCUCCUAUCGCUGCGCGCUCGACGGUUGUGAUUUUCUUCGUCGCAUCAUCGAUCGCUUUGCAUCGCUUAUUCUCGCCAUACCGGACGACGUAAGUAUUGCAAUAUGGUGUCGCUUCUCCUUUCGAUCACUCUGGCUACCGCCGCAGCAGCCAGCUCGUUCCUGACACACCGCGCCACCAACACAACGGCCGGUGGGGUCAACAGUACGACUUGCAACGGCAAGACGUACGUCUACGAGGAGCUGGCUGCCUAUGGACUCGUCGUGUCGGAUGCAGUGGACAAGUUUGGCGAUACCUUGGGUGGUUUGGGCAGCGCUAUAUACCUGGACAAGAAAUCGUGGAGGAAGAGUUGCAAUGGUACUUACACGGGCACGUUGUGGACUCUGCCGGAUCGUGGCUGGAACACGGAAGGCACGCUGAACUUCCAGCCUCGUGUCCACAAGUUCACUGUGUCUCUCACCCCAGCACCGAAUGCCACGGUCGAGGAACCCUCGUCCCCCAACUUGAUCUUCCAAUAUUUGGACACAAUCCGGUUCUCAGGUCCUGACAGUACUCCCUGCACCGGCAUUGAUGCCGAUGUGACAGGCCACUUGUCUUAUCCUGGGUUCCCUGAUCUGCCGGUCGCUACUUAUACUGGUGAUGGCUUUGGUGGGAACGGCACCGGUGGGCGGAGAAUCCCCGUCGACUGUGAGGGUCUGGUUGUCAACGAUGACGGAUCGUUCUGGAUAUCUGACGAAUAUGGUCCUUAUGUCUACCUCUUCGACCACAGCGGCAAGAUGUUGGCGGCAAUCCGUCCUCCGGAUGCCAUCAUACCGUUCCGUAACGGCACCGAGUCCUUCUCUGCUGCCAGCCCGCCUCAUUACAUCGAUGACGGCGAGGGUCCUCUCCCCAACCCCGAGCAUCCUGACACAGGACGGGAGAAUAACCACGGCUUCGAGGGCCUCACCGCUUCUGAUGACGGUAAAACGCUCUGGGUUCUCCUCCAAGCUGCUACUGUGCAGGAAGGUGGCCUCGAGAAGCAGACUCAGCGUUACACCCGCUUCCUGGAAUAUGACGUCUCGACACCACAAACGCCCGUAUACGUCUCGGAGUACAUCGUGCCCCUGCCGGCCUACGUCGACCCGACGGCCAAGGCCUCCAAGAACCCCAAGAUAGCCGCGCAGUCGGAGAUCCACGCCCUGGCCAACGGCCAGUUCUUCGUGCUAGCCCGCGACAGCGGUGCCGGGCACGGGCAGGACGACUCGACGUCCGUGUACCGCCACAUCGACGUGUUCGACAUCAGCGGCGCUACCGACAUCAAGGGCCCAGGGUACGACUCGGCGGCGGGGGCCGUGGCGGACGCGGCGACGGGCGCCCUGAAGACCGGCGUCGAUGUUGCAGCGUAUUGCGGGUUUCUGGACUUCAAUGUCAACAGCCAGCUGGGACGGUUUGGACUGCACAACGGUGGAGCUCAGGACGCGGCACUUCUGAACGAGAAAUGGGAGUCCUUGGCCGUAGUCCCUGUGGACCCUCAGAGCCCGGGUAACGAGUACUUUGUUUUCAGCCUGAGCGACAAUGACUUCAUCACGCAGAACGGCUUCAUGAACAACGGGCGGUUCGCAUAUGCGGACUCGAGCGGCUACAGCCUCGAUAGCCAGGCCUUGGUGUUCAAGGUCAGAAUCCCUAGCUAGACGAGUAGAAAGGACCCCCCAUCCCCCCUCCGUGGACAAUUUACGAGGUGAAUAUACAUACAUACAGCAAUGUUCCAUAAUAGUGUGUAUAUAUUUAUAUGUAUAUCAAGAACCUCCCAUCAUGCAGCUGCCGCGUCGCCAGAUACCCCGUGAACGUGAUGCAGAUGAAAGGGGUAAAAGCGGCAA